UGCAAGGGCGCAGAGCCGGAGACUGGAGCUGGAAGCUGGGACCUGGAGACAUGAACAAGAUCUUCCCCCUUGGGGAAGGCAAUGGCCAUGCUGCUGCUGGAAGCAAAGCCCUCGCUGGAGGCGAAGCAGGCUGUAGCCCUCUCUGCUGCUCCCGCCGAGGGGCCUGCCUCUCCGCCUUCCUGCUGUUUCUGCUGGCAACUCUUGCAGCCCUGAUCACCCUGGUCACCAUCCUUGGACUCCCACCGCGCAUACCAGGAUCUCCCCCUGCCCACUCAGGGGUUCAGACCUGUGUGACGCUGAUGAACAGGACAGGCUUCCUGUGCCAUGACCGGAGGAGCUGCAUCCCGGCCAGCAAGGUCUGUGACGGUGUCCGCACGUGUGCCCUCGGCGAGGACGAGGAUGAGACCUUGUGCCGAGAUACGCCCCGGAGCCUCCCCGGCUUCCUUGUGGCCCACUGUGGAGACCCAGCUUCCUGGAUCUACUCAGACCAGAGGUGUGACGGGACCAACAACUGCGGGGACUGCUCAGACGAGCUGAGCCCAGUGACCGCAUGCCCGCCCUGUGGCCCUGGGUGGUGGCGCUGCCCCUCCACUGUCUUCAAGUAUUGUGGCUGCAUCCCGAGGACCCUCUGCCGGGACCGUGUGCAGCACUGCUCUGACUGGUCUGAUGAGUACUCCUGUCCUGGACCCUGAGUGGGCGCCCUGGGCCAGAGUGCAAGGCUGGUUGGAAUGGCACUGAUAACCCUUCCCAUGGGCACAUGAGACUGUACAUGAGGCAGGGUAUUUGUCAUCCUGCCAGGGGGCGACCCUUUCAGGUGGCUCUGAGCUAUAGAAAAGAGGUCUGGAGAAAGAGCAUUUGAGGAGCCCCUCUCUGCCUGAUUUCCAACCCAUUCUCCACCAGACCGCUCCCUACCUCCGGCCCCGUGACCAGCUCCCCAACCAGACAGUCCAGGUUUCUUGCAGCAGAGUUAUGGAACCCUUGCAUUUCUUGUAUUUGGGUCCUGGAGCCUGAGUCAAUGUGCUAUUUCUCUACAUACCUUUCCAGUUUCACAACAUCCAGACAGACACGGAGAGAUAUUCCCAUUAAAAAGAUGAGGAAACAGGCCCAGAGGGAGAAAUGACUUGCCCAAGUCACAGAGCAAAGUCGGUGCUGGAACAGGAACACAAACACGGCCUAUGGUGUCCCACCCCCAGAGCCCUUCCUGCUGCCAAUGUGACUGUAUCUUGGCUGGUGGGGGCGGGGGUAGGGUGCAGAAUCUCUGGGGAUAUUAAAAACAUUAGUUUGAAGGUCAGAAAGUGGCCCACUCUUAUUCUGAGAGACUUGGAAUCUAGCCAAUAGGAGGGCCCCUGUUGAGGGAGACAGUGUAAAACCCCCUCAGAAAUUAAUAAAAUUGGUUUAAUGUAUCAGUCAUUUGUGAGUUUUGAGC